GAGUAAACCCUACAUUCCAUAAAGUUUUGCUUUGGCAUCUUGUCUGACAUGUGAAUGAAUUAAUAGCAUUUCUCACAAAUACCACUGAGGUGCUUAUAAGCACAUUUUACACACUGGAAAUUCACUGUACCCAGAAGAUACCCAACCCAGCGCGCUUCGGGACUGAGUGUAAGCGCAGUACAGGAUUAACUGAAAAUGAUUUGGAUGCACGCUGUCAUUGUGUUCCUGUGUCUUUGUCCAAUCCUCGCUGCAUUUGGGCAGGACUGUCCCAGCAGGCAGGACAUGCAGAGCUCCCUAAAGCAGGUCCAGAAGCUGCUGUCGACCCACGAGGCUGCAUACCUUCAGAGCCUCCGCACCCUGAGGAAGAAACUCAACUUGCUACAGAACACAGCCACCAAACAGACUGGCAAAGCAAACAAUGAUACCUGUCUAAAGCUGGACACGCCUGCCAACAGCAGGAAGUUGGGGAAGGCGCAGACCCCCGGUCACGAGGUUCACUUUCUGUGUGAUGCGGGUUAUGAGUUGGUGGGAGCAGAGAGCAGGAUGUGUCAGGAGAGCCUCACCUGGAGCGGCCAGCAGCCCACCUGCCGCAACAUAAAUGAGUGUGCCUCUUCUCCCUGUCUGAACGGGGGGACAUGUGUGGACGAGAUGAACCAGUUCUCCUGCACGUGUACCAAAGGCUGGGCCGGAGCCACCUGCCAGAGCCCUGUGCCAACAUUCUUUGUCACCAUGACGAACACCUCAUCUGCCACCUCCUCUGCGGCUGCUGCCAUCUCUCCCCCGGCUGUGACUGUUGGUCCAUUUGUCCGUCCGUCUCGCUGUACGCAGGUCCAGGGCACCACCCACUGCACCUGUGACCCCGGAUACACCAUCUCUGGGCGUGACAGCACCACUUGCACAGACAUUGAUGAGUGUGAGUUGUUCCACAUGGGUCAGGCUGGCCGGCUGUGUUUACAUGCCUGUGUUAACACCCCUGGAGGCUACCGCUGUACCUGUCCUGCUGGAUACAAUGUCACCCGCGACGGACGCAACUGCAAAGACAUAGAUGAGUGUGCCACCAGACUGAAUAACUGCACCCGGGACCAGAUGUGUAUAAACACCUACGGAGGGUUCCAGUGUGUACGUGUGGACUGCCCCCGCAUACGAAACGCCACCUACAGCAAAACCUCACCCCUGCGUUGCGAGCGUAACCCCUGCUCUGUGGACAACAAGCUGUGCUCUCAGGCCCCUAACUCCGUCUCCAACCACUACCUGUCUGUCGUAUCCAACCUGUCAGCACCACGCACCAUGUUCCGUGUGUCGGCCCUCCGCCUCAUGGGCGACACACUGCGUUUCUCCCUGCUGGGCCGCGGGCAGGCCCGACGCCACUUCACGGUGCAGCGGUCAGACCGACAGACAGGCCAGCUGGUGCUGGGGAGCCCGGUGCAAGGCCCUGCUAUACUGGAGGCAGAGGUGGAGAUGACUGAGCUGGAGAAAGGGGUCCAGCUGGGGCGGUACAUCACCAAGAUCACCAUGUUCAUCUCCCAGUACGAGUUCUAGAGAGGGAGAGAGAAAGGGAGGGAUUUAGAGGGUGGAAUGAAGAGAGGGAGGAGGGAGUGUGGCAGCGGAUAGGGCUGGGAGGGGUGAGGCACGAAGUACCAAGGAACAAAGAAGGACUAAAAGGAGAGGGAAGUUUAGUCGAGACAUACAGGUAUGGCAGGAACGGAUGCAUUUGGUAGAGUUGUAUCAAUUAUGAUGACAGAAAGGGAAUGGUUCAGGUAAGGUUUAGGGAGGUGAGAAAUUAGGGUCAGAGACAUGAAAAGGAGAAAAUGGCCACUUGUGGUGGAGAUUGAAUGUUUCCUCACUGAAGCUGAGAGAGUGAGAGAGAGCUGGGUAUGUAAAUAUGAGCUGAAGUCCUUAACUAAUUGUUUUACAUCCAACAUAUGACAGUGACAAUCAAUAUCUGUAAGAUGAGAAGACAUGACGCUACACAUUGACAAUCCUAUAUUUCCUGGUCUUGUGUUCAACUUGUUUUGAUAUAUUUAUUCUGAAGGUGUUGUAAACCCCUGUUCGUGAACUGCUUUUUAUUUAUCUGAGA